AUGAGCACCGCAGGCUACGACUCAGCCGGGACGUCAGCCGGACCGUCGACGACAAAGCGACGACGGGUUAAUGCAGACCCGGACUUCUUCCCCGGCACAGCACCUACGACAAAGCGCUUGCAGGCGAAGGCACAGCUCGCGGCGAGCCAGAACGCGCAGUUGCAGCAGCUCCAGCAGCAGGAGAACAUGCAGCAGCCUCGGCAGCCCAUUAUCUCGCUCGCCUCCCUCCCGCCCGAAGCCUUGCAGCGCUACCUAAGCCGCUACGGCCUCCUCGAACCUCAAGGCUCGCUCUCCUACUACCACGCCGUCUUCCCCGUCCCUCCGCUCCCAGCGACCCUCUACCCCCCGCUCGACGGCCGCACGCUCAACUUCCGAAGGGCGAAACAGACGUAUAUACCGGCUGUCAUGAACGCCAAGAUCGCAGCGGCUGUUGCGGCUGCCGCGGGGGGCGAGGGAGGAGCGGUGCCGGAGACUGGGACAACGACCGACGGGACCGACCCCUCCUCCAGCGCCGCAGACUCGACACCCGCAGCGCGAGGGACCAAGCGACCCUGGAUCGAGCCCAAGACGCCCGAGUUCGCCGGCCUCAGCGCGUUCGAUGAUCCGCAGAAGUUGAUUGAUCGGCUUGCGGCCAAGGCGACGGCGCAUUGGGACAAGAGGGAUAGUCUGAAAGAGGGGGAGACGCUCACGAACUUCAUGUUCAGCGUGAGGAAUAGGGAUAGGAAGUUGAGGGCGACGCCGGCGGGUUGA